AUGAAGUCUGUUAUAUCAUCCGAUAUGCUGAUAUUCAUGCUUGGCGUAAGAGGCAUGUCAACUCUAGUUGACGACAGCUUAGCCAAGACCACCAAAACCUAUGAUUGCGUCCACGCACCGCCAUCUGCGAAACUCGCAACAACCAGAGCAGUGUACACUUUCCCAAGCACGACAAUAAUCUCGACCAGAACCUUCCAUACACCCUAG